UUCGUGCUGUGCGGUUCGUGUGACGGACGGAAAAUAAUAUUAAUUCAGCGUUUUACCAAUCGUUUAAUACAAUAAAAACACGCGCAGCGCUGCCGACCACGCAAAGAAAUAUCAAAAGCAAAAGUGAAUAACAUUUAGAGCUACCGAAAAAAACGCCCAAGCUGUUUGCAAACUUCACAAAACAGCUGCAAUUAAAUAAAAGUAAUUAAAACGCAUUGUUUAUAAACCGUUGGAUGUUUGCGAAGCUCAUCAAAAAAGCCCAGGAAUUUUUCAUCAAAUAAAGAAUUUCAUAUGCGCUUGAUGCCUGACGCGUACGCGUAUGUAUGUGUGUGUGCUUCAAUGCCCUAAAAGUGUGUGUUCGUAGGCGUGUGUGUGGUCCAGUUUUGUGUAUAACACGAAAGAGAAUUGUGCUCUGUGUCCUUUGAAGGUGCUUUAAGGUUGAAUGUUUGUAGCCACCUAAAUACAAAUUAUAAAAAAAAACAAAACUGGACAGCAUCAAAGAACUGGCAGCGCAGUCAUCAGGAUAACGAAUUAGUCAUCCAGCAGAAAAACACGGCAGCGCAUCCAGCUUGCCUGUGUUGGUGCGUAUCUACACGCAUGAAUGUGUGUGUGUCGCCGGUUUUUUGCACACUGUGACAGCUAUAAGAGCAAGCAGAACAGCAAUAACAACAGGAAUAACAACAACAACAACAACUUUUUCUCCAUGCAUCGCUUAACCCCUGCGUGGUAGUAACAACAAAAACAACGACAACAUUAACUGUGAACGCUAAGGAAAUUGAGAAUGGAACGCAAAUUCACGCGUGGCUUGAAUAAGCCGGGCAUGGCAGCACAGCUGAGAGAGAGCGUCUCUCAGGUGGUGCGUGAGAGCGCGGUUUUGAUACACUGCCCUGGAAGCUAUCAGCGCAGUCUCUCGAUUUUGAGCAAACCCGCAGUUGUGGAGCCCAUUGAUUUCGAAGCCUUUAUAGCCAAAAAUAAAACGCUUAUACAGAAUGAUCCCCAGCGGGAGCUACUUAUCUAUCCAGCUGACGAUGUCUCGGAGAUCAUUAUGCCGCGCAAGCAGCGCAGCAAUGCCAAGUCUGUGGCAGAUCGCUUUGAGCCGCCCAACGAGGCGAUUGUGUGUCCACUGCAUGGCUCCAUGGCGCUGGCAAGUAAUGGUCACAGCCAGGUGAGUCGCCAGGGCAGUCUGCAGUCGAAUGGCAGCCACCAGAAUGGCCACAGCAGCAACACAAGUCUAUCCAAUGGCAACGGACAGUUGUCGCGCAAGAGUUCACAGUGCUCCAACGGCUCGACGAGUCGACAGGAGAAAUUAUCGCAUGAAUCCUUUGAAUCGGCGCUGUCAUCGACCACACUGCGUUCGCAUCUUGCGCAGCCUGAAGAAGUAGAUGAGUAUGCGGAUGAAGAGGAGGAGGAGAGGCAUGCGCCUUGCGAAGAUGUCACAGAUGGAAGUGCGCCAGGCACAAGAGCAGAGUGCACACGCUUCACACGGCAAGCGCUUUACACGUAUCGUGCCAAAAAUCAUCUAAUACACUAUAAAUACAGCGCAUAUGGUGGAAACUGCCACGAUCUGCCCAGCACUUCACCUGGCGAGGAACUCGUGGAGGAAGUCUAUGAAAUCGAUGCGGAUCAGGAUCGCAUUGAUGAGCAGAUGACGCGCUCCCAAGCGGACACAAUCACCAAGCAGGGCUAUCUGCUAAAGGGACCCGACUCCGCCUCGGAUCGAAUGUUUGCCAACAUUGGUAACAAAUCCUUCAAGCGUCGCUACUGCUAUCUGCGGCAGGAGAUCGACGGCACCUAUAUGCUGGAACUGCACAAGGACGAGAAGCAGGGCGAAGCCAAGGCCACCAUUGUCAUGGACUUUUGCACCGAAGUGGUGCAGAAUCCCAAGCGAGGACGCUUCUGUUUUGAGUUGCGCAUGACGGCUGGCCACAAAUCAUUCACAUUGGCUGCAGAGAACGAGCAGGACUUUAAGGACUGGCUGAGCAAGCUGUCUUCGGUGUUGGCGCAGAACAAGGCGCAAGAGGAAAAGCGCAAUGCCUCGCUGGAGCGUCAACCCUCUGGCAAUGCCACGCCCACACCCAGUCCACAACUACAACCGCCAGCCAUGGAGCCACCCACGUUUGGCACACUCAAGGGACUAGAUCAAUCGCUGCAUCCGCAGCUAAUGAAGUAUGGUCGUGAAACUGAUCACUCCAUAGCGUUAGCGCGUCGUGAGCAGCGGCGUCGUCUCUUUGCCAGCUAUCCGAGUGUCAACAAGGCUGCUGUGGCCGACAACACGGAUCAGUAUCGCGAGCACUUUGGCAUGCGUCUGCUGCUGCGUUGUCACAGGCUCAGCUUCAAGCUGCAGUGCCAACCAGAAGGUACUGGAGGAGAUCAGUUGUGCCAGGUGGAACCAUACAUCACCAGUUUGUCACUGUACGAUGCCAAAGCAGGGCGGAAGCUCAGCGAGAACUUCUACUUCAAUGUAAAUGAAGCGACAGCUUUCCAGUUACUACCCAACACUCCAGUGCCCGCCUCUGUUUCGGGUUGCGGGGUGCCUCGGCGUGGUGAGAACGAUGCCAGCCAUGCGGCACAAGCGGCGCACUCUCUCUUCGAUGGCGUCUCGUCGGAGCUGUUGCGAUGCCCGCGCCAGCAGUUCCAGCAGCUGAGACAGUGUGUGCUCUCGGUGACGGCGCCGCAUGCAGAAAUCUAUCUGGUGUUGCGCAUUGAGAAGGUGCUGCAGUGCAGCAUUCAGCAGGCCGCAGAGCCUUAUGUGAAAGGCGCCCGCGGUGAUGCUAAGCAAGGCCAGAAAACGCACAAGGCGGCCAAGAGUUGUGCCCAGCACAUUGGCCAUUAUCGUCAGCCCUUUGCCUGGGCUGCGCGACCACUGUUCAAAGCCUACAGCCACGAGCUGGACGUGGAGUCACAGCGAGAGUUCGACUUUAAUACAAUCUAUCGCCAGGAGCCGGUGAAACUACGCGACGAAGAAUUGUUGCGUCUGCUGGCCGACUAUCGCAAGCCAGAGAAGCUAAGCAAGUUGACUAUUAUACCGGGUAGAAUGAGCUUGGAGCUGCAGCUGCUAGAUCAGACGCCGCCCUGUGGACUCAGCAAGUCGCUGGCUCCGUUGUCCAGCUUUAGUCCCGCUGCAAAGCAGUCGCUAACGCUCGAGCUAAACGAAUUUCAGAGCCAGCACGAACGUGAUGCGUUUCCGUACACAAACUUCUGCAAUCAUCUGUAUGUCUAUCCUCUGAGCCUACAGUUUGACAGCCAGAAGAUCUUCUCGCGAGCACGCAACAUCACAGUCGUUGUGGAGUUGCGCGAUGGUGAUGGCGAGUACAGCAAACCACUGAAGUGCAUCUAUGGCAGACCUGGACAGGAUCUGCUGGUGUCACAGCUAGCCUGUCCCGUGCUGCAUCACAAUGUCACGCCCACUUGGUACGAGGAGAUAAAGCUGCGUCUGCCACUCGGACUCUUCCCCGAGCAUCACUUGCUCUUCUCCUUCUACCAUGUCUCGUGCAAUCUGAGCAAGAAACGCGAUGCACACGCUUCGUUCGAGACCCCCAUUGGUUACGCCUGGCUGCCGUUGCUGCAGAAGCAUCGCAUCUGUCUGGAGGAGAAGCUGCUGCCUGUCGCUGCCACACUGCCUGUGGGUUAUCUAUCCAUACAGCCACUGGGAUUGGGCAAAGGGCAGAACUGCGGCCCCGACAUUCAGUGGAUCGACAACCAGCGACCGGUCUACAGCGUCGGUCUUCGUCUCGACUCUACGGUGCUCACCUCGGAUCAGCAUCUGCACAAUUUCUUUGCGCACUGCGAGCGUCUGCUGGAGGGUGGCAAGACUGGCGCUUUACCUGCGGAAAUGGAAACCUGCAAAAUACUGAAGGCAGCACAUGCCAUCGAUAUGCGAUCACUGAUCAAUUUCUUGCCCACGCUGCUCAACGAACUGUUCACGUUGCUUGUGCACACGCAGUCCGAGGAGAUUGGUCAGAAUGUCAUACGACUGCUCACAAACAUCAUCCAUCUGAUCAGCGAUGAGGCGAAUCGCACCGAUCUACUAUCAGCAUAUGUAAAGUAUGUGUUCCAUGCGCCUUACUACAGUCAACAGACUGCGCGAAUGCGCACUGUGCAUGGCGAACUGUGUCGCCAUCUGCCCAACUUGCUGAAUCCGAGCAAUACAGACUUUUUGGUAGUCAAUAAGUUCAUGCGCUACUCUUCGAUCUUCUUUGAUUUGAUUGUGAAGAGCAUGGCUCAACAUCUGCUGGCCACGGGGCGUAUACGUAUGCUGCGCAACGAACGCUUUCCCAAGGAGUAUUCAGAUCGCGUAGAGCAGUUGAUCAAAGUCUUGGUGCCGUACAUAGUGACACGCUACGAGGAUCUGGGGGAGGAGACGCAACAAUUAAAUCGAUCGCUUGCACGAUUUGUGCGUCAGUGCCUCAGCUAUAUGGAUCGUGGAUUUGUCUUUAAACUGAUUCGGUUCUAUAUGGAACAGUUUACGCCUGGCAAUGCUCGUGUGCUGCACGAGUACAAGUUUAAUUUUCUGCAGGAGAUUUGCCAGCACGAACACUAUGUGCCCCUCAAUCUGCCAUUUGUGCUGAAUCCCAAAAACCGUCCGCCCGAGUUGCUGCAACAUUUCACGCUCUCAGAGCAGUUUUGCCGACAGCACUUUCUUUCCGGAUUGCUGUUGCAGGAACUGAAGAGCAGUCUCAACGAGGUGGGACAUGUUCGCCGCCAUGCGCUUGCAAUCUUCAAGGAUCUACUGGCCAAACACGAGCUGGAUGCACGUUAUCAGCAGCGUGGACAACUCUCGCGCAUUGCAUUGCUCUAUGUGCCGUGGCUGGGCAUUGUCAUGGAUAAUUUGCAGCGCAUCGAUGACUUGGCAGAGUCUGGAGCCUGCACACCUAAUGGCCACGUCUAUGCGGACUCUGCGUCGUAUACGAAACGUUUGAGCUGCUCCAGUAGCUAUGUGUUUAGCAAGGACUCAUCUACGUUUGGCUCGCUGACGUCGACGCCGCGAUCGAAAAACCGAUUGACACUUCACAUUGAUCAACCAAGUCCUUGCCGCACUUCGAUGCACAUUAAGGAGCACAAUUAUCUGGCUGCCAUUGCGGGAUCAGCCAUCAGCAAUGGCGUCUCGAAUCUCUCGCUCAACUCCAACUCCGACUCGGGCCACUCGCAGGACACGACUACCAUUGGCGCCUACACCAAUGGCGACACAGAUGUUGCACUGCGCAACGGACACAAUCGAUCGGUGAGCGUCACGCAUGCCCAAAUCCUCGCCAGAUGCGACAAGUUCAGCGCGGCGGAAAGCAAGGAUUUGCUGCUGGGUUUCCUCUUUAUUGUGAAGCAUUUGUCGCAAGAUCAAAUGAUUGGAUGGUGGCAGAACUGCAAUGAGACAGAAACCUUUCAAUUUCUGUCCAUUUUGGACUUGUGUUUGCUGCAAUUCCGUUACGUGGGCAAGAAGAAUGUGACUUUGCCCACAGAUGGACGCACGACACGUCCUAACAAGGCGCACACGUUGCCCGCACGCACGGCUCCGCCAGUACUGGAGAAUGGCAACCCGGAAGCAAGUAAUGGCACGGGCACACUCACACAGACGCGUGAGCAUCUGCUUGAGGACAUGGACUUGUGUGCGAGGUCACAGCAGGCGCUGUACGAGUCCAAUUUGGCCACAGAGGUUGGCAUGAUCAUACUCGACUGUCUGGGUCUCUAUGUGCUGCAAUUUCGCCAACUGCUGGCAGAUAGUUUGGUGCUUCCAAAGCUGGCGCGUGUCUAUCUGCGCUUCCUGCAACUGGGACAGUCAGAGCGACUGUCGAAGCACGUCUUUGCUGCGUUGCGCGCUUUCAUUAACAACUACUCGAUGGCGCUGUUUAAGGGCAAUGCCAUGCUAUGUGGCCAGAUGGUCUAUGAGCUACUGAAGGCCUGCGACAGUCGGCUGGUGGACAUACGCCAUGAAUCUUGUGCCGUGCUUUAUUUGCUGAUGCGCAGCAACUUUGAAUUUAGCGGCAGGAAGGCGUUGACUCGGGUGCACCUUCAAGUGAUCAUCUCGGUAUCGCAGAUGAUUGGCAAUGUAAUUGGCCUGAACAAUGCACGCUUCCAGGAGAGUUUGUCAAUCAUCAACAGUUAUGCGAACAGUGACAAGGCAAUGAAGGGCACAGGAUUCCCCCUGGAGGUGAAGGAUCUGACGAGGAGGGUACGCACAGUGCUCAUGGCCACUGCACAGAUGCAGGCACAUCACAUGGAUCCAGAGCGACUCUUGGAGUUGCAGUACUCGCUGGCCAAUUCAUAUGCUUCGACGCCAGAGCUGCGACACACUUGGCUAGUCACCAUGGCACGGAAUCACGAACAAAAUGGGAAUCUCUCGGAGGCCGCAUGCUGUCAUCUGCAUAUUGCAGCGCUGAUGUGCGAGUAUCUCCGUCUGCGAGGUGGCUGCACCUUGAGCUGGUCCUCAACAGCAUUUGGCAAGAUUUCGCGCAAUAUUCCACUGGAUGAGCAGGGCCUGAAACUGGAUGCAGGUGCACAGGAUUCGCAGUACACAGAGCAAAUGCUGUUGGAACAGCUGAAGCAAUGCGCCGAUUUUCUCGAUCGAGCUGAACGUUUUGAGUGCCUCGGUGAGCUCUACAAGCUCAUACUGCCCAUCUAUGAGCGUGCCCGCAGCUUCAUCGAGUUGGCUCACUGUUACGAGCAUCUCACGCAAGCCUACAACAAGAUCGUCGAGGUCAAUCGCUCUGGGAAGCGAAUGCUGGGUCGCUUCUAUCGAGUUGUGUUCUAUGGCAUGAUGUAUUUCGAGGAGGACCACGCUAUUGAGUAUGUCUACAAAGAGCCCAAGUUGACGUCUCUUAGUGAAAUCUCAGAGCGCUUGGCCAAGCAGUAUAAGGAAAAGUUUGGCGCCGAUGUUGUUAAACUAAUUAUGGAUUCAUCACCGGUAAAAGUUGACGAACUCGAUACCAAACUGGCUUACAUACAGGUGACGCAUGUGAUACCGUUCUUCAGCAAGGACGAACUCGAUCAGCGACUCAAUGAAUUUGAGCAGAACCAUGACGUGGACACGUUCAUGUACGAGACACCGUUCACCCAAUCGGGCGCAGCACGAGGUAGCGUAGAGGAACAAUGGAAACGCAAGACAGUCAUCAAGACCCAAUAUUCAUUUCCCUAUGUGCUGAAACGCAUACCCGUCAAAUCCCGUGAGAUUAUCGAGCUGAGCCCCAUUGAGGUGGCCAUCGAUGAGAUGCAAUCAAAGGUUUCAGAGCUGGAGGAAAUUAUAUUGCCGCCAGCGGAUGUAAAAAAGCUGCAGCUGCGUUUGCAGGGCAGCGUGGCAGUUACAGUGAAUGCAGGUCCUUUGGCAUAUGCCCAUGCUUUCCUUGAUGCCAAGGUGAUCAAUAACUUUUCACUGGAUCGUGUCGACGACUUAAAGGAUGUAUUUCGCGAUUUCAUUGGCGUCUGUCACAAGGCGUUACGUGUGAACGAGCGCAUGAUCAGUGCAGAUCAAAAGGAGUAUCAUCAUGCGCUUAAGGAGAACUAUGAGAAACUUUGUCAAGCGCUCAGUGAGUUACUGCAGGACGAAUCAUUCCAACCGCUUAGCGAUGAUGCCGACGCCGCCGCCCAGCGCAAUAGCAUGGCUUUAUUCAAUGCGAUCAGUGGCGCAUCACAUAACUCAAGUACUGCUUAAGUUCAACCACAAACAAACAAAACACAUACACACACAGUUACCAAUAGAAAAAAACAAAACAAAACACUCACGCACAGCUACUAAAAUGGUUAUUACAAUUACUCAAAUAACAAGCCAAGUAGUAGAAGCCUAAUUCAAGUAGCAUUAUCAACUUGUUCGUUUUUUGGUGUUCCCCUUUUUUGUAUGAUGUAUGAGCUAUAACUUUGAUCUUUGAUGUUUGAUGUUGUCGUUGUCGUUGCCGUUGUUGUUUCUGUGGCAGCAGGUAAACAGAGAAAUUGCGUUAAGUUUCGUGUCUCUCAUCUAACUGUUUAAAACCGCGCAUCCAAGUGACUAACGCGACUAACUAACCACAAGGUGUAUUUGGUCAUAACUAACUAACAGCUAAACAGCCAACAGCUAACAAUAAUAAUAUUAAUAAUAACCAGAUGUACUAAACCAAUGCCAAGCUGCUUAAGCAUUCAUUCCUUUAGCAAAUUCAAUUAUUUAAUUCAAAUUUUUUCAUUUCUGUUUUAGGUUUUGGUUUUGCGGUUUAUUAAAGCCCAAAUGCAAACCGUCAAAUACAAAUACCAAUACUACUGCAUACCCCACAUACUCGUACACAUACACACGCACACACAGCCAACUGACCUGUUGACCAGUUGACCAAGUUCCAGUACACUCGACAACAACAUAUAAACAAAACAAAAAAGCCACAAGCACUUGUUGAUUUUUGUAUAACGAAACGAAUCUUUAAUUGUUGUUAAAUUACAUAGGACUAUGUAAUUGUAUAUAUAGAUUGAGCUUAAUUCUGAUUGUACAUUUCUUGAUUUCUAUUAUUAUUUAAUUAUUACGAUUCCAGUGUGCAGAAUGCCUACAAAAACUGACAGAUGAUUUAACUAUAACUAUAUUUAAAUAUAUAAUUAAUGUUUAGUAAUCGCAAUGACGAGCUCCCCCUAUUAUUAAUAAUAGAUGAAAUCUGCUAACUUUGUGUCUUCUUCGAAACUCAACUGUUUAAUAAUUUAAUUAUUACACUCGUAUGAUAAACAAAACUUACCUAAUACUUACCAGUAAUUGUAAUUGUAGCUCUUAAGUUCCAGAACAGAGAAGCAACAGAACUUACCAAAGUAUUCAGAAAAAGAAAAGCAAAAACGAAAAUAUCAUAACUAUGAUACAACAAAUACAUGAAUAUAUAUUUACAUGCAUUUUCUAGUGAAAUCGAAUAACGAAUAUUUAAAUCAAAUAAAUGUUUAAAAAAUAUACAUUA